AUGGCCGACAACAACAACGACGACCGCCGCCGGCGCCACCUGCGCCGCGCCCUCAAGCAGGCCGCGCAAGCGGCGCCGGGCGGCCGGCGUUCGAACGAGGGGCCGGCCGAGGGCCCCGGCAGCCGCACCCGGAGCCGCUCGGCGAGCGUCACGGACGACCAGAGCCGCUCGGCGAGCGUCGCGGACGAGCCCGCGCCGGCGGGCGAGCCCGCGUGCUUCCAGGUCCUCGAGAACGCGUCGGGCGUCGCCGCCGAGGUCGCCGCCGCCGCCGACGCGGCGAGCCUCGCGCAGCUCGGCGCCUCGUCCAUGCGCGCGCGGGCCGCGGCCCUCGGCGCCUCGGCCCAGCUCGCGCGGCGGCGCCACGGCGUCGCGCUGCCCGAGAUCGCGUGGACGACGGACGUCGCGCGCGACGGCCUCGCCCAGCGGCGCGUGGCCCUCGCGACGGGCGCGCCGGCGCCCGACGAGACGCCGCUGGAGCUCCUCCGGUUCCUCGAGGCGCGCGACGCGGCCGAGCAGCGCAAGGGCAAGAUCUUCGCCGCCUUCUCGGCGCGGCACGCGGUCUUCGUCGACGGGCGGGGCGCGGCCUUCGCCUGCGGGCGCGCCGAGGACGGCCGCUGCGGCCUCGCGACGCCGGCCCUGGAUCGGUGCGAGGCGGGCGGGUCCGGCGCGCUGCUCUCGCCGACGCCGCUGCGCAUCGACGCGCGCGCCGCCUUCGAGCGCGGGGCCUCGCCGCCCGCGUCGCCGCCGCCGCGCGCGGCCGCGGCGCCGCCGUCGCCGCCGCCCGAGCCCGCGUCGCCGCGGCGCAAGGCGCGCCGCGGCGCCGACGGCCGCCCGGCCGAGGCGACGCCGACCUGGGGCCCGACGCCGCCGGCGCGCGGCGCCGCGGGCCGCGCCGGCGCGCUCGCGCCGCCCAAGCUCCGCGGCAGCGCGACGUACCGCGUCGACGUCGAGGACGCGGCGCCGCGGCGCCUCACCGCCGGCGCGCGCCGCUCGCCGCCGCGGCGCAAGACGCGCGCGCGCCGCCCGGCCGAGGUCACGGUGGAGCACGAGGACCGCGUCGUGGCCGUCGCCGCGGGCGCGGGCCACUCGAUCGUGCUCAGCGCCGCGGGCGUGGCGUCCUGCUGCGGCCGCGGCGCGCCGCGGUCGCCGGCGCCGGCCCUCGCGCUCUCCUUCGACGACCUCGGCGGCUCGGACGACGACAGCGACGAGUCGGACGUGUCCUCCGUCUCGGACUCGGCCUCGUCCGGCGACGAGGCGCCGGCCCGCGCCUGGGUCGGCCGCACGCGGUCCGCGCGCGGCCGCGCGCCCAUGAAGCGCGCGCGCAGCGCCGGGCGCUCGCCCUCGUCGGCGCGGUCGUCGCUCGCGUGGGCCGCGCCCGUCGCGGCCGUGCCCCGGGCCCUGGGCCUCGGCCCGCGCACGCGCAUCGUCGUCGUCUCGGCCACGGCGAACCACGCCCUCUUCGUCACGGCGGGCGGCCGCGCGCUCUCGUCGGGCGUCGGCGCGUUCGGCCGCCUCGGCCACGGCGACGAGGCCGACGCGCCGGCGCCGCGCCCCGUGCGCGCGCUGCGGCACGUGCGCGUCGUCGCGGCCGCGGCCGGCGCGGCGCACUCGCUCUUCGCGGCGGCGGGCGGCGACGUCUACGCGUGCGGCCAGGGCGAGGACGGGCGCCUCGGCCUCGGCCGGCCGCGCGACGAGGACCUUGGCGACGACGCGUCGUCCGACGACGCGACGACGCGCCUCCGUAGGGCGCCGCCGCGCCGCGCGUCGUCGGGCCGGCGCGCGCCGCCGCCCUCGGUCCUGCCGCGCGGCCGGACGGCGGACCGCGGCGGCGACGUGCUGGCCCCGCGCCGCCUGGCCCGCGUCGGCGGCGCGCGGGGCGUGCGCGACGUCGUCGCCGGCGCGCACCACUCGCUCCUCGUGACGCACGCGGGCGGCGUGCUCUCGUGCGGCCACAACGCGGCCGGCCAGCUCGGCCACGGCUCGCAGCGGUCCUUCGCCCCGGAGCGCGUGCCCUUCCCGGGCGACGACCGCACGGUCAUCGUCGGCGCCGCCGCGGGCUACGCGCACAGCCUCUUCGUCGACGCGACCGGCCGCGCGUUCGCCUGCGGCUCGAACGCGCGCGGCGCGCUCGGCCUCGGCGACCACGUGGACUCGGCCUACCGCCCGGCGCGGACGCCGCCGCCCGGCUCGCGGGCCGCGCGCGCGCUCGGCGCCGUCGCGCGCGUCGCCGCGGGCGGCGCGUCGUCGGCCUUCCGUGCCGCCGCGGGCGACGGCGUCUUCGUCGUCGGCGCGAACACGGACGGCCAGCUCGGCCUGGGCCACUUCUCCGACGUCUACGUGCCGACGGCGCGCCCGCGGCUCUGA